AUUCAAGAAAAAAGAGACUGUUAAUCCUUUGCCGGUCGAGCAAUCUUGGGCUCUUCCUAGAUUGAGGACUCCGUCUUUGGCCAUGCCGUUCUCGAUUUUCAUGGCGUUCUUGCUUCUGAAGGUGGCAUGUUCAGAAACCGUUCCGGGGAAUUUCAGCUUCUAUGGGCUGUUGAAGCUCGAAGGCGUCCUGGAGGUAGAUUCCAAUGGCGCAACCGUCGUUACAAACUCGACGGCACAAGACGCGGGCUACGCGUAUUACAGCAGUCCCCUCCAGUUCAAGAAUUCCUCGGCUGGUGAUGCCUUCUCUUUCUCUACGACUUUUGCCUUCGCCGUUCCUUCCACGGACCUUGCGGAUGGGAGUGGAUUUUACUUCGUCAUUUCGCCCUCUAAGGGGGCUUUUGGAAUCUCGCCAAACAACAGUGGCUUGUCACUGAACAAUUCCGAUGGAAACAGUCCAAACCACACGAUCGUAGUUGAACUGGACCAGAUCUUCACCAACAAUCAAUAUGGCGGGAAGAAUCUCAUGUUCCAUGCAGGUGACCCGAUCCAAUCUCGGGUGGAAUACAACAGCACCAACAACAAAGCCACGGUCACCUUAUCUCCGGUCGGUAAGCCGAGACCUAGCGUCCUGCUACUGACCUUGACGCAAGAUAUUUCUUCUGACUUGUACGAGUACAUGUAUGUCGGCUUUUCAUCGCUCUCAGAAACAUCUUCAGCAUCUCAUUACAUAUUGGCCUGGAACUUCAAAAUGAACGGUGAAGCCGAAGACAUCGAAGCGUCUCGGCUUCCUAAACUUCCUGAAAGCCCUGAAGGAAAAGGAGGAUACGGAAAAAUAAAGAAGAUCUUAGCAGUAGUUCUGUCCCUAGCGGCAGCUACUUUUGUCCUAGUUUUAGUUUUCGGUGCGAUCUUGCUUUCGAGGAAGAGGAGGUCUAGGGAAGUGUUGGAAGAUUGGGAAGUCCAGUAUGGACCGCAUAAGUUCACCUACAAGGAACUCUUCGCUGCCACAAAAGGCUUCAAGGACAGAGAGAUUCUUGGGAAAGGAGGGUUCGGCCGAGUGUACAGAGGGCUCUUGCUGGCGUCGAACAUGCAGAUUGCGGUGAAGAGGGUCGCCCACGAUUCCAACCAAGGGAUGAGGGAAUUCGUGGCAGAAAUCGCCACAAUUGGCCGCCUUCGGCACCCAAACCUCGCCAGGCUCCUCGGUUAUUGCAGGCACAAGCAAGAACUGUUCCUGGUCUAUGAUUACAUGCCCAAUGGAAGCCUAGACAAGUAUCUGUACGGGCAACCAAAGUCGACGCUCGAUUGGGGAAUGCGAUACAAGAUCCUGAAAGAUGUGGCGGCCGCGCUCUUCUAUUUGCACCAGCAAUGGACACAAGUGGUCAUACACAGGGAUAUCAAAGCCAGCAAUGUCCUGAUAGACGGCGACAUGAAUGGGAGAUUAGGAGAUUUCGGCCUGGCCAAGUUAGUCGAACAUGGGACUGACCCCCAAACAUCGGUCUUGGCGGGUACACUGGGCUACAUCGCACCUGAACUUGCCCGGACUGGCAAAGCCAACACGAGCACCGACUUGUUCGCAUUUGGGGUUUUCAUGUUGGAGGUUGUUUGUGGCAGGAGGCCGCUGGACCCACGAGCGCCAGAAGAUCAAACUCUUCUCGCCGAGUGGGUGCUAAACUGCUGGGACAGGGGAGACCUUCUGGAGACCGUGGAUGGCAGGCUUCAGAACGAUUACGCGGCCGAAGAAGCUGAAGUGGCAUUGAAGCUCGGGCUCUACUGCUCGCACGUGGUGGCAGCCGCCAGGCCCAGCAUGUCUAGCGUGGUUCAGUACUUGACCGGAGUCUCGAAAUUGCCCGACAACUUGAGGGACAUAAUUGAAGCCCGGGACUUCCCCGGAAGCACCAGCGCGACCAGCUCGGACGUGCCUCAGAACAUUUCGUUCUCUUCGUUGACAAUCUCGGCAUCUCUGGUCACCGAAGGGCGGUAAAGAUUGCUGGGUUUUGUUUCGAGUUGUCUGUCUCUCAGCUUAGUAUGGACCGUCGGCAUCUUAACCAGGUGACAAGCUUUUGCUCUGCGUAGCAAGCAUGGAACGGCCA